AUGAUAGCGAUGGCUCUGGAGAUGUUGCGUCCACGUGUUGAAGCUAUAUCAGCAGAAGCGAAAAGGACCAUAUGUCAAAAUGUCCUACUUCCUCUGAUUGAACGCUCUACUUUCGACAAAAUCAUCGACGUAGUACUGCGUGUUGUCUCCGAACUCGUCGUUACACAUCGGGACGAGAACUGUGCGAAUCCAGGUCUUCCCUUGCUUGUGCGUUUGCAGAGUGUGGUUGAAAAGCGAUACAGAACCAACGGCGAACUGAUGAAAAUGUUCUUGAAAGUCGUGCUGUUUGUGUUCGAACAUCCACUUCUGCUUACCUCAGAUUACGCCGAAAAGUUGGAGGACGCUUUUCACUGGGGUUUAACCGCACAGGUACUAAUUACAUGA